ACAUUAUGAGUGACAACAUUAACGGUUACGAUGACAUCAUAGGAGACAUCAUUAACGGCUACGAUAAUAUCAUAGGUGACAACAUUAACGGUUACGAUGACAUCGUAAGAGACAUCAUGAACGGUUACGAUGAUAUCAUAAGUGACAUCAUUAAUAGUUACGGUUACGAUGACAUCAUAGGUGACAUCAUUAACGGUUACGAUGACAUCAUAGGUGACAUCAUUAACGGUUACGAUGACAUCAUAGGUGACAUCAUUAACGGUUUCGAUGACAUCAAAGGUGACAUCAUAAACGGUUACGAUGACAUCAUAGGUGACAACAUUAACGGCUACGAUGACAUCAUAGGUGACAUCAUUAACGGUUACGAUGACAUCAUAGGUGACAUCAUAAACGGUUACGAUGACAUCAUAGGUGACAUCAUAAACGGUUACGAUGACAUCAUAGGUGACAUCAUAAACGGUUACGAUGACAUCAUAGGUGACAUCAUUAACGGUUACGAUGACAUCAUAGGUGACACCAUUAACGGUUACGAUGACAUCAUAGGUGACAUCAUUAACGGUUUCGAUGACAUCAAAGGUGACAUCAUAAACGGUUACGAUGGCAUCAUAGGUGACAUCAUUAACUGUUACGAUGACAUAAGUGACAUCAUAAACGGUUACGAUGACAUCAUAGGUUACAUCAUUAACGGUUACUGCGACAUCAAAGGUGACAUCAUAAACGGUUACGAUGACAUCAUAGGUGACAUCAUUAACUGUUACGCUGACAUCAUAAGUGACAUCAUUAACUGUUACGAUGACAUCAUAGGUGACAUCAUUAACGGUUUCGAUGACAUCAAAGGUGACAUCAUAAACGGUUACGAUGACAUCAUAGGUGACAUCAUUAACGGUUUCGAUGACAUCAAAGGUGACAUCAUUAACGGUUACGAUGACAUCAUAGGUGACAUCAUUAACGGUUACGGUGACAUCAAAGGUGACAUCAUAAACGGUUACAAUGACAUCAUAGGUGACAUCAUUAACUGUUACGAUGACAUCAUAGGUGACAACACUAACGGUUACGAUGACAUCAUAGGUGACAUCAUUAACUGUUACGAUGAUAUCAUAAGUGACAUCAUUAACGGUUACGAUGACAUCAUAGGUGACAUCAUUAACGGUUACGCUGGGAUAUACGCGUACAAUGGCUCUAGCAUUUAUAUUGGCAAAAAGGUGACAUCAAAAAUGGUCAGGUAGCCCAUGGCAUAAAAUACACCCACACUGCACCAUUUCGAACUAUAAAUUGUUUACCUCCCCCCACCCCCCAAACACGCAAAAUGAAUUUCGUUUCUGAGGACUGAAGUCAAAAGGUUACGCCCCUAUAACGUCAAAUCCUGGAUCCACCCUUGACGAGUAACUAAAUUGUGUUCACAAUGAAUGGCCACUUCCAUGCUGUCAUCAUGUUUUCAUUUUGUCGUAUUUUGAGGUUUUGCGACAACUGCACGUCUUUCUAUAAGAUGACUCAGAUACAUAAUUGGUAAUAAUAAUAAUUGUGUGAUUUCUGUUGUGGUUACUUCAUGAGGUAUAAAACCCGACGACACCUAUAUUUAUAUAAACAUUAAGUGUUGUUCCACGCACAUUACUGUAAAUAAAGCAAUCAAACAUCUACAUCGUGUGUACAAUAUAAUAUAUCAUCAUUUCCCAUUCGAUCGAAUAAUAAAACAAUGACUAUGGCGAGGUAACACUUAUUUACUUAUUUACGAGGUUUACUUAUUAUAUUUGUGUAGGUGUUAAAAACAACUGCCAGUGUAAAUGAAUCACUCAGUCAAUCAAUCAAUUAUUUAAUAAAUCAUGGACUCGUCUAGAGCUUUAUUCAUAAUAUUAUUUGUUUUAAAUGAGACACAAAUUGCUAUAUUUAUUUCCGAAAAGCUCUAUCGCGAUCUGAAUUGUUUAUGGUCGUUGUUUAAAUCGUUGUAGUUUGGUGCUUGAUUAUAAAAGUUAGAAAAAUAAAUAUAUUUUAACA